AUAAGAGAAGAAAGUUUCCAAACGAGCCUCCAUACUGUUUCCUGUUUGAAAGCUGGGAGCAGCAGCCAACGGAGGGAAAGUGUUCGUCCAAUCAGGUGGGAACAGCCUGUGUCUAGUGACCGCCCACCAAGCGUCCAAUGUUGGGAAGCGUCGCGUCCCCUCGCGAUAAAAAACGCCCCUGUGGACACGUACCUUGAUCGUUCACUUAAAAGAGCCGGCUCUUUGAGGCGGCUCGUUCGCCACGACACAUCACUAGCAUGGUCGCUUGGAGGUUCACAACAACACGCUGUUAUCACUCAGUGCUGGUGUAGUUGGUGAGUCUGAAGUCAGGUGAUCGACCUGCUGCUCUUCACCUGUUGGAGUCUGAGUCACUGAUGCUUUAAUAGAAUGAGCCACGCCGACGAACAGGACGGACCUGCAGUUUACCAACGGGUCGUGUUGAAGAACGCCUCGCCGUACCACUACAUGAAGGUCUGCCUCGUGCUGGAGGAUGAGUCUACCAGACUAAGUGCAGUUGAACUGAAGCAGUUCAUCAUCACAGGUCUGAAGAGCCUGUAUGGAGAGGUGGGAGCAGCGCUGACCUUUGACCUGUUGAAGUACGAUGAAGACACCCUCACUGCUCUUCUGCGUGUUUACAGCAAGGGAUUGGUGAAGCUGUGGAGCUCCCUGACUCUGCUGGGCUCCUACCAAAACCAGGCCUGUGCCUUCAGAGUGCUGCAGGUGUCUCCGUACCUGCUUGCGUUGACAGCAAACAGUCGAGAGCUGCAGCUGGUAUGAGAGGGGGAACCUUCAGGAUGAGUUUCAUGUGGAGCAGUAUCUUUAAUAAACCGCGGCUGUGCCUCUCUCCUCCCU